CUUCCUGCAGACAUGCCUCGCCAGUUCCCAAGGGUAACUCUUAGUGAGGCCCAGAAAGAGACUCAGAUGCUGGCAGAGAAGGUUUAUGCAUCUGCGUUAAAGGAAGAAGACACCAAAGAUGCCUUAUCAAUGUUCAGCGUGCCUGAGGACUGCCCCAUCGGCUUCCAGCAAGCCCUGGAGAACGAGCUGCUCAAGGAACUGGCGGAGCAACAGUCAGAGCAGUCUACCAAGAGGAAGAAAAGCUUGAGGAUGAUUCGCUCCCAGUCAUUGGGCCUGCAGAUGCCACUGAGUUCAGAUUGGAUGAGGCCAGUGGCUGUUACACCAUACCCGUCCCCAAGCUCCACCUGUUCAUCAGAGACAGAAAACCGCCUUGAUUACCAGAGGGUCACUAUUAGUGGUGAUUACUGUGCUGGAAUCACAGUGGAGGACUAUGAACAGGCUGCCAAAAGUCUGUUAAAGGCCCUGCUUAUUCGUGAGAAAUACUCAAAGCUGGCCUAUCAUCGGUUCUGCAGAACAACGACUCAGUUCCUCCGCAGUGCUGAAAACAUUCCAUGGCGCGAGGAGGAUGAGGUUCAACCAGAUAUGUGCCCGUGCCCAUUAGGUGAUGAAGAUCCCUACAGCAUGGACAACAUCCCAGAGAACCUCAACUAUGAGCUGGAGAUGAAGGAUGGAAUAGUGAAUGUGUACGACAACGCUGAGGCGCUGAUACAAAACCAGCCCCAUGACCUUCCUUAUCCAGACUUAGAAACAUUCGCCAUCGACUUCGGCCAUUUGCUGGCCAUGAUUGCCGAUGGACCCACGAAGACUUACUGUCACAGACGACUAAAUUUCUUGAGCUCAAAGUUCUACCUACACGAGAUGCUCAACGAGAUGGCCGAGCUAAAGGAGCUGAAAAGUGUUCCUCACAGAGAUUUCUACAAUGUCAGGAAGGUGGACACACAUAUUCAUGCAGCUGCCUGUAUGUCUCAGAAGCACCUGCUGACUUUCAUUCAGAAAACGUAUAAGACCGAUGCCGACCGUGUGGUGCUGGAGACGGCCGGACAAAAGGUUACUCUGCAGGAGGUUUUCCACAGCCUCAAUAAAGACCCAUAUGACCUGACUGUGGACUCUCUGGAUGUACAUGCGGGGAGACAAACCUUCCACCGGUUCGAUAAGUUCAAUUCCAAGUAUAACCCAGUGGGAGCGAGUGAACUUCGAGAGAUCUUCCUUAAAACAGACAACCUCAUUAAUGGAGAGUAUUUUGCUCGGAUCAUAAAGGAAGUGGCCCAUGACCUGGAGGAGAGUAAGUAUCAGCAUGCAGAGCCUCGGGUGUCCAUCUACGGACGCUGUCCAGAGGAGUGGGACAAUCUGUCCAAGUGGUUCAUCCAUCACAAAGUUCACUCUCCAAAUAUGAGGUGGAUCAUUCAAAUACCCAGAAUAUAUGACAUUUUCAAGUCGAAGAAGCUGGUACCUAAUUUUGCCAAGAUGCUAGAGAACAUUUUCCUUCCUCUGUUCGAAGCCACUGUUAAUCCACAGGAGCACAAAGAACUGCACGUUUUCCUCAAAUACGUGUCAGGCUUUGACAGCGUCGACAACGAGUCCAAACACAGCGAUCACAUGUUCUCCUUCAGGAGCCCGAAGCCAGAGCAGUGGACUACAGACGACAACCCUCCCUACAGCUACUACCUGUUCCACAUGUAUGCCAACAUCAUGGUCCUCAACAACCUCAGGAAGGAACGUGGACUGAGCACCUUCCAGUUCCGCCCACACUCUGGAGAGGCUGGAUCCAUCACUCAUCUGGUCUCUGCCUUUCUCUCUGCUGACAACAUCUCACAUGGACUCAACUUGAAAAAGAGUCCUGUGUUGCAGUACUUAUACUACCUGGCCCAGAUGCCAAUUGCGAUGUCUCCACUCAGCAACAACAGUCUGUUCCUGGCAUACUCCAAAAACCCUCUGAAAGAGUUCCUGCACAAAGGCCUGUGUGUGUCCCUGUCCACAGAUGACCCCAUGCAGUUCCACUACACCAAGGAGCCACUGAUGGAGGAGUACGCCAUCGCAGCUCAGCUGUGGAAGCUCAGCACCUGUGAUGUUUGUGAGAUAGCCCGGAACAGUGUUCUGCAGAGUGGACUGUCUCACCAGGAGAAGAAGCACUUCUUGGGCGAGAACUACCUGAAAGACGGACCUGAAGGGAACGAUAUCCGUCGGACCAAUGUGGCACAGAUCCGCAUGGCUUACAGACACGAGACACUGUGUAAUGAGCUGAGCUUCAUAGUGGAAGCGGUGAAGUCUGAAGUCGAAAAUCCCCAAAGUGACUAAAACAGACAUCACAUUAGUCUACGCAUGAUGAGCUCAAACUUACCUCCAUUUAGCUUUAUUUUGAAAAGUGCCAUUUAGUGACUGUGAUGGUUAAAUAACAAUACAAAAAAACAUAUCCUGUCAGUUAAAGUACAAUGUUAAGCUGGUCACAUGUUGAAAAAACAAGGUUAUGGUUGGGUCUCAAGGGUUUAGACAAAACUGUACAGAACUGCAUGUGUGUAUUAUAGUUUCACAUACUUGUCAUCACACAAAACCUACUAUGUAUAAACACUUGUACUUUACACUCCAUUUCAUGAUAGGGGUGUGUGAAAUAAACUGUUGGAAACAUGACACCUUUCAGGUACUGUAUACACAGGCAUAUUGUCCAUAAGAACACUUGUUGAGAGCUUUCCACACUGUUAGUUCAGACAGGUCUGAUAGGAGAGAUGGAUGAUGUCUGGUACACUUCCUUUGUCUCUGCCUUAAAUAGAAAGAGGUCUCAGUGAUAUCUAAGCUGUUAAAAAAGUGCUUACAAAAGUUUAUUUGACACGUAUCCUGACGGUCUAGAGCAGCAAACACAAUUUAAAAAAUAGUAAAAUCAUCAUUCUUUAAAAUGAUUGGAUGGCAAACAUCGCCAUCUAGUGGCUGGACAGCACCAGUUCAUGACAACAGAUGAUAAACAUCCAGUGCAA